GGAGCACCGUCUCAAGUCAACGACAGCACUGAUACAUGUGCACAUUAUCUAGAGAAUAAUGUUGUGUUGCUGUGGCUUCACCUCCGUCUGAAAUAUUAAAUUAUCGUCAACUUUAUCUCAAGUUCCAGCGCGUUAGUAUUCUGUUAGCAGCCGCUCAGCAGCUAAAGCUAACUCCUGUUAGCAACCCGAGGUUGAAGUUAGCCUGAGGAGCCACUGAGCUGGCUAUCAUCACUGUAACGUUAGCUACCGUUAACUAAAGCUUGAUAGUCAGCGUUAGCUUGCAAUAACAGCUAUCUAGUCAGUCUCUAGGCAGUGCCAAAACAGAUGAACCGAAGUAGGCCGGUUAGCUUCUGUAGCUAAGAUGUUGACUCUCCAGCUGGCAGAGUAACGGUACACUAGCAGGCUAACAUGCUAGCGUGUGCUAACCGCGACUCGGGCCUAAGGAUGUCAACCCGGUUAUCUCUAACCAAAUGAAAUCACAGAGGUGACGUCGUGUGCAGCUGUAAUGUUAUAACGUGUAUUGAUUUAAUAGUUUGAGUUUGCCUGCCCACACGUGUUACUUUGGCUCUACACAAAGAGCCUGUAGCGCUGAAGUCCAGCAUUCAGCAUGAUUCCCUGGUUGCGGUGGAGGUGAGGAAGCAUGGGGUGGAAAUCUGAGGUGUCAAGACGAACGUGAUGACAGUAUGGUCGAUGGUGGAGAAGCUCAAAAUGGAAAAACGCCCAUGCAGGGAGGAGAACAUUGACUCAAGCGAGGCCCAGCAUGCCAGUGAUGAUUCUGAGGAUGGAAGCAGCUCGGAAAGCGAAUCAGAAGAGCAGCAACACCAGAGGGUUCAGGUGAACAGCAGCAGGUGUAAGAAGAGGGAGCCCUUGGGCGUCGCGAAACCCCACCGACAGCUCUGUCGCUCUCCAUGCCUCGACCGGCCCAGCUUUUCCCAGAGUAGCAAUGCGCAAGAUUUACGUGAGGAUGACACCAGCGCGGGACCGGGGAUCAAGCCUGCAAGCGACAGAGAGUACCAGACUAAGAUGGAAUUUGCAUUGAAGUUGGGCUAUUCGGGAGAGCAGGUGGAGACGGUGCUCAACAAGCUGGGGGCGGCUGCACUUAUCAACGACAUUCUCGCUGAGUUAGUAAGGCUCGGAAACAAAGUAGAGCCUGAAAUUCAACCUUGCAGCAGUACGGCCACAUCAACAUCACGGGCCCCCUGCGUUAAAGAGACUGUUAGUCCAGAGGUGUCAGUGGAAGAUGACUCUGUGGAUACCUAUGAUAACCUCAGGCCCAUCGUCAUUGAUGGCUCAAAUGUGGCAAUGAGCCAUGGAAACAAAGAGGUGUUCUCUUGUCGAGGUAUCCAACUUGCUGUUGAAUGGUUCUUGGAGAAAGGACACAAAGACAUCACUGCGUUUGUCCCAGCCUGGAGAAAGGAACAGUCGCGGCCUGACGCCCUCAUCACAGAUCAAGAAAUAUUGCGCAAGCUGGAGAAAGAGAAGAUUCUGGUUUUCACCCCAUCUCGGAGAGUUCAAGGCAGGAGGGUGGUGUGCUAUGACGAUCGCUUCAUAGUGAAGCUGUCUUUUGAUUCUGAUGGAAUUAUUGUGUCGAACGACAACUACAGGGACUUGCAAAAUGAGAAGCCAGAGUGGAAGAAGUUCAUAGAAGAGCGUCUCCUGAUGUACUCAUUUGUCAAUGACAAGUUUAUGCCGCCUGACGAUCCAUUGGGAAGACAUGGUCCAAGCUUAGAAAAUUUCCUCCGCAAGCGUCCUGUCGUUCCAGAGCACAAAAAACAACCUUGCCCCUAUGGGAAAAAGUGCACAUAUGGACACAAGUGCAAGUACUAUCAUCCGGAGCGUGUCAACCAGCCACUGCGGUCGGUGGCUGAUGAACUACGGGCUUUUGCCAAACUGUCCGCGGUGAAGACGAUGAGCGAGGGGGCUUUGGCUAAAUGCGGUACCGGUCCUGUGACUGUAAAGGGGGACGGCAACUUUGAGGUCAAACGUGUGGCGCCCAAACGUCAAUCUGACCCCAGUAUUCGCUCGGUGGCCUGUGAGCCUCCAGAGGGACUGUCCGUUGCUAGGAAGUCUGAGACGAAUUCAGUGCCUUCCCUUGUGUCUGCUCUCAGCGUGCCCACCAUGCAGCCUGUCAAGAGCCAUGCAGCUGGGGCCUUGAACACACGAUCAGCCAGCAGCCCGGUGCCAGGCUCUUUGCAGUUCGCGCACAGUUCUCUGGAGCACAUGUCUAGUGUACAGUACCCUCCUAUUUUGGUUACCAAUAGUCAUGGCGCCUCUAUUACAUACGGUGAACAGUUCCCAAAGUAUGACUCAGUUAGCGACCAUGGAUAUUAUUCACUGCACAGUGAUUUUUCAACUAUGAGCAUGGGCAGCAUGCAUAAUGUCGACAGUUUCUGUAGCAUGGAGCACGAGCAUGGUGUGUAUCAGAGAAAUCCCAGCCACUGCCCUGAGUCCUGCCUCAGCCACUCAAACAGUGACUCAUUCUCCUCUUAUGGGGAAAUGUACCCAAGCUCCGUGGACAGUAGCUUAGAGGAGAGCAUGAAGGGGCAGCAGCAGUCUCCUGCACAGGGUAGGAUGCAAGCUUUCUCCCAUGGGUUUCGUCAUGAAGCGCUGUCUAGGGUACAGAGUUAUGGACCUGAGGAACCCAAGCAGGGCCCCCGCAAGCAGCCUGGACCUCGUCUAGCACCGCAUAUCCAGCAUGUUGCAGUGGGAGCCAGGUCCAGCUGUCCUGGAGACUAUCCCCUCACUCAGAAUGUCCUCCCGCCUCUGUCCUCACAGCCCACACGGUCUCUUGGUAUGACUCGCAUGGACAGCAUAUCAGAUUCAAGGCUAUAUGAUAGCAACCCGAUGAGACAGAGGCGACCUCCACUGUGCCGCGAGCAGCAUGCAAGCUGGGACCCUCUGCCUUGCGGAAAUGAGUCCUAUGGAUAUCAUUCAUAUCCGUUGAGUAACAGCCUGAUGCCGUGUUGCGAGCGGGUGAUGGUCCGAAGCAUGCCAGACAAAAUGGAACAAAUCUGGAACUCACCAUGGGAGAUGCCAUCUGCAAUUGAACAUCAAGAGCGGUAUGUCAUCCCAGACCACCAGUAUCAAACAUAUCGGAACCUUUGUAACAUCUUUCCUGCUUACGUAGUCCACUCAGUAAUGGAGAAGAACCCUCAUUUGACAGAUCCACAACAACUUGCCGCCGUCAUUGUUACAAAACUGAGGUCAUGCCAUUAAGCAGUUAAUCUUAUUAAACAUUCAAAAGCGAUGUGAUAAGGGAAAUACAGAUUUUGAUUGCAAAGAUAGGCACUAGUUAAAUGUUGCUGCACACGCAACAUCUGCCCUCAGGAGUUUUUUUUAAAUGUCUCGGGUGGGAAAUCAGAUUUUACAUCACUGAGAUGACAUAGAGGUAAUCAGCAAA